AUGGUAGAGGAGGAGGUUGAGGUAGACGUGGAGAUAAAAGCUGCGGCUGAUAAAUUCCACAUGUUCGUCGGAAGAUCACAGCAUGUGUCCAAAGUCACUCGUUACAUUCAGGGAUGCGAUCUGGUAGAAGGGGAGUGGAGCAAAGUUGGAAGCAUAGUCUUGUGGAAAUUAGUUUUUGAUGGAGAGGCAAGAGUGUCGAAGGAUAGGAUCGAGGCGAUGGAUUUUAAGAAGAACGUUGUUCAGUGGAGGGUGUUAGAGGGACCUCUGAAGAAAGAGUACAAGAGCAUCUUGAAAACUAUGAAGGCGAGCCCUAACCAAGGAGGACCAGGAAGUAUGGUGAAGUGGAACAUCAAGUACGAGAGGAUUGAUGAGAAGGUUUCUCACCCAGAGAGACUGCUCCAGUUCUUGGUCGAAGUGACUAAAGAGAUUGACCGAUACCUCUUAUCUGAGGAAUAG